AUGUGGAGUUGGUGUGUUGUGGCCAAACGGGGUGCUAUCGAUGAGAGCAUCGAUCGGCGGGCCCGUGGAGGCGGUGUCACCGGGAUCCGCCUAAGCUCCCCGUUGACCUGCGACUUUAGUGACUUUGAUUAUUUUUACACUAUACUUUUGAGAUUAAACUGCGUUUGUAUCUCACUCGACUGCGUUUCCUACGUUUAUUUGCCUACAGAAAAGGUUCUCAUCCUUGGAUACCCUACAAUGACCUCUCUUCGCACUGCUACCCGGCUAUCCAAGUCGCUGCGCCCAUGUUCUUCCCGACUCAACACGACCUUCUCUCGCUUCUACUCUUCCGAAAAACCCGAUAGUGCAGACAUUGAGUUUAUACUUGGCGCGCCGAACUGGUCUGUUCGGUCGCUGCUCCCGAACCCAGCUUCAAAGCCGCCGCCAUCAGUCACGCCGAAACAACUCCAUCAUCUGCUGCGCAUCUCAGCUCUUCCCCAGCCUGCCAAUCAAGAAGAAGAGCAGUCCAUGCUUGAUACCCUCGAGUCUCAAAUUCAUUUUGUGAAGGAGAUUCAACUUGUUGAUACUACCGGCGUCGCGCCGCUGGCUAGAAUUCGCGACGAAAGUCCUGCUGCUAUAGAAGAGGAAACAAUUGGAAUCGAAAGGCUCAGGGAGGCUCUGGCUAAUGAAAAGGUGUCUGGACGACGGGGCAAAAUCCAGCGUGUCCCAGGUGAAAAGAACGAUCGUCCGGAUGGAACGGCUUGGGAUGGGAAUGCGCUCGGGUCUGCGACAAAGACAAAGGGGAAAUAUUUUGUUGUUGAAAUCGGCAAUUGA